AUGGCUACCACCAAGUCUGGUCAGCCCUUUGACCGCACUGUCUGCGAGAGUCUGCUUCGGAGACGCCUGUUCUACACCCCCUCGUUCGAGAUCUAUGGCGGGGUAUCUGGUCUCUAUGACUAUGGCCCGCCUGGCUGCGCUCUGCAGGCCAAUGUGGUCGAUCUGUGGAGGAAACACUUCGUUCUGGAGGAAGACAUGCUGGAGGUAGACACCUCUAUGCUCACCCCGCAUGAAGUGCUCAAGACCAGUGGCCAUGUCGACAAGUUCGCCGACUGGAUGUGCAAGGACCCGAAGACUGGAGAGAUUUUCCGUGCAGACCACCUGGUUGAAGAAGUCCUGGAGUCGCGGCUGAAGGGUGACAAGGAGGCUCGUGGCCAGAAAGUGGUCGUCGAUGAAGAGAAGGACGCAAAGAGGAAGAAGAAAGUCAAGGAGACCAAGGUUGUCAAGCUGGACAAUGCCGUCGUGGCUGAAUAUGAAGAAGUGCUGGCCCAGAUUGACAACUACGACGGCCCAGAGCUCGGUGCUCUCAUCGUCAAAUAUGAUAUCAAGAACCCCGCUACCAAUGGUGAACUGCUGCCUCCAGUUGCGUUCAACCUUAUGUUCCAGACUGCCAUUGGCCCCAGCAGCAACCUUCCCGGCUAUCUUCGACCAGAGACGGCUCAGGGACAGUUCCUUAACUUCCAGAAACUCCUCGAGUUCAACCAGCAGUCCAUGCCCUUUGCCUCUGCCUGUAUUGGCAAGUCUUUCCGCAACGAAAUAUCCCCACGUUCUGGCCUCCUGCGUGUGCGUGAGUUCUUGAUGGCAGAGAUUGAACAUUUCGUCGACCCCGAAGGUGGGAAGAAACAUCCUCGUUUCCAUGAAGUGCAGGACUUGGAGCUGGCCUUCUUGAACCGAGAAGUCCAGCUCUCCGGCAGCACAGCUACAACCAAGAUGGGCAUCGGAAAGGCUGUCGCUACCGGCCUAGUAGACAAUGAGACCCUGGGUUACUUCCUUGCACGGAUCUACUUGUUUCUUAAGAAGAUCGGUAUCGACGAGUCCAAGAUUCGAUUGCGUCAGCAUAUGCAAAAUGAAAUGGCACACUACGCAACCGACUGCUGGGAUGUUGAAUUGUUCACUAGCUACGGCUGGAUUGAGUGUGUUGGCUGCGCCGACCGAAGCGCUUACGAUUUGAGCGUUCACAAAAACAAGACCGGUGCACCACUCGUUGUCCGGCAGACACGAGCCGAGCCCCUUCGAAUCGAGGAGUGGCAGGUCGACAUUGACAAGAAGAAGUUCGGACCUCGCUUCAAGAAGGACAGCAAAACUGUCGAAACCGCAAUUGAGGCGUUGACCCAAGAUGUUCGGGAGAAACUUUCACUUGACCUUGAAAAGAACGGCAAGAUAGAGAUCGCCGUAGAUGGAGUUGGCGAUGGCAAAGUUGAGAUUGGCAAGGACCUUGUUCAGAUUGAGAAGCGAACGAGGGUAGAAAAUGUCCGAGAAUACACUCCCAACGUUAUAGAACCGUCGUUUGGAAUUGGUAGAAUUCUUUACUGUUUGAUGGAACAUGCCUACUGGUCUAGACCAGAUGAUGAGGCUCGUGGUCCGCUUAUUCAACGUCUAACGCUCAAAUUGCGACGGCUCGGCGUUUCCAACCGUGUGGACGACUCAUCCGCGAGUAUCGGUAAGCGUUACUCGAGAAACGACGAACUUGGAACUCCCUUCGGUAUCACUGCCGAUUUCCAGUCCGUGAAGGACAACACCUUCACUCUUCGUGACCGAGACACCACAAAACAGGUUCGUGCUAGUGAAGAUGAAAUCUGCAACGCUGUCAAGAGCCUGGCCGAGGGUGAGGAGACCUGGGAGGAUGUCUUGAAGCGGCUGCCAGAGUUUACCGGCCAGGAAGUCGAGUAA